UAUAGAGCAACAUCCCAGUCUGUGACCCUCUCUCACUGACAUGCAUGUAAUGACCUCUGCUUCUCUGCAGCCUUUAACCCAGGUAUUUACUGCUCAGCAUUGUAUCCAGACUCUGUGCACUACUAUCUUAUGAUUUUAUCCAGACUCUGUGCACUACUAUCUUAUGAUUUUAUCCAGACUCUGUGCACUACUAUCUUAUGAUUUUAUCCAGACUCUGUGCACUACUAUAUUAUGAUUUUAUCCAGACUCUGUGCACUACUAUCUUAUGAUUUUAUCCAGACUCUGUGCACUACUAUCUUAUGAUUUUAUCCAGACUCUGUGCACUACUAUCUUAUGAUUUUAUCCAGACUCUGUGCACUACUAUCUUAUGAUUUUAUCCAGACUCUGUGCACUACUAUCUUAUGAUUUUAUCCAGACUCUGUGCACUACAAUCUUAUGUGAUUUCAGAUUGAAUGACUUACUGGCCUUGGAGAUCAGUUUAGCAGCUGAUGGGCACAAGUCCUUACUACAACCAUAACUUCUUGUAAUCACUGUGAUCACACAAUGUGUACUAUACUGCAGUUUAUAUGAGGCAAUGCUGGAUCUGCCAUUUGUGCACAUUAACCAGUGACACACUAGUACUGCCUUUGUACAAUAUGUCUCGUUAUUCAGCUGUCACUCAUCUGGGCUUCACAGCAAUAUGCUCCUGGUGACAGCUGCAAUAUAGCCGGAUUACACCAGUGAAUGAUUUACUGGGAAGAGUGAAGCCGGAUCUGCCUCCUCCUACCUGUGAGCAAUCAGGAGAUUACAGGUGAAACAUGAUAAGACAAAUCAAAGCUACAGGAAGAGUGAAGACAGCAGCGUCCUUACAGUUGUAAGAAAACAGGCGCUGAACUAGAUCAUAUAAUGCCUUUAUUUGUGAUAACACCAGAGAAACAGACCUAGUUGUGACAAGAGAAGGGAUAUCGGAUGAAGAGAGAUGAACAUGGCAAUGAGACACCAAUAGCAGAGUCAGGAGGUCCAAGUCAGAAGAUGACCCUGGUAGGACCCACGCUGCACCUGUGACUACGUCCCAGAACAAGAGGAUAAAUAAGAAGAUUAAAGUCAGAGAGAAAACUUAGUAGCAUCCUUAUAACCUGUCAGGAAACUGGACAAAGAGAAAGCAAAGGAACUGUCAGCUACAGAACUGAUUCUGGUCUUGAGAUUUCUAUUGGUCCUAUACAGCAGGUACCACAUUACUAACUUAUUCCUGUAUAUGUUCUGCAGUGAUAUAGAAAUUGGUGCUUGAUACCAGAGUAACAUAUACAAAAAGACAUUAACAAGAAUGACAGCGGUGUAUGGACCCAGCCCAUGAGGUACCAUACGGUGUAAUCUCCUUUACAUGAGGUGACCUACAGGACAGGAACUAUAUAGAUGAUAAACUUCUAUGCGAAGAGGAUAGCGACUCCAGACAUUGCCAGGCGGUAUGAGGUGGUUCCCCUACAAGCUAGAUAGAGGAACUGGUUUGAGAGAGGAUUUGUGACACACACAAGCAAGAGACCUAUACCAUAUUCACAGGAAGUUCCAGGAGAGGACCAUACAACAUUGCUCGGUACAAGAGCCCAUGGCUGACUUCUUACAGAUCUCUGAUGAUGAGGAUAUCUUGGAGAAGCCCGUGUGUGACUGGACGGUACAUGACGUGUGCCACUGGCUGCAGAUCGGGCCUUUGCAGGAUGAAGCCGGCUUGUUCCAGGCUGUUUAUACUCACAAUAUUUCUGGACGUGCCCUGCUGAGGCUGACAGACAAUCUGCUGCAGAGAAUGGGCAUCGACCAGAAAAAUCAGAGGCGAGUGAUCCUGAUAGAGGUUCUACAGCUGAGGCUUCAACAAGAGGUGCAGCAACUGCUCUACAUCACCCAGGAGCAAACUUCAGAGAGGCAAAACACACUGAAUUUUCUAAGAAAAGCAAAGGAACCUGGAAAUCCCAGAGAGAUGACAGAUGGCUUCCAUAGAAAGUAACAAAGCUCUCUGGAAUACAACAUUUCACAUGGGAGAGAGAAGUAUAAAACAGAACUUGUGGGACCAGCAUCCAGUGUCAAAGGACCAAGACAAAAUUGUAACUUGUACACCAGAGAAUAAAUACAUUUGUACCACAUGACCACAAACUGCCGUUAUCUAACAGAAACAAAUGAAGCACACAGGUCUAACAGAAACAGAUGGAGAACACAGGCAGAAACAAAAUGUUAUCCACAUCACUCCUAUCACUUAGUGACAAACACUUGAUGGAACUCUUUGGAACACUGAGAUUGGUCCUCCUCUAACUGGCUAUAGCAGAAAAACAGCUAAACCAGAGACUAUUACAUGUAAUGUGUGUAUGAGACAGAACUGGCAUCCUUUACAUGAUGAGAAUGUAUUAACCAUGUUACACCUGGUACCAGAGACUAUUACAUGUAAUGUGUGUGUAUGAGACAGAACUGGCAUCCUUUACAUGAUGAGAAUGUAUUAACAAUGUUACACCUGGUACCAGAGACUAUUACAUGUAAUGUGUGUAUGAGACAGAACUGGCAUCCUUUCCAUGAUGAGAAUUUAUUAACAAUGUUACACCUGGUACCAGAGACUAUUACAUGUAAUGUGUGUAUGAGACAGAACUGGCAUCCUUUACAUGAUGAGAAUGUAUUAACAAUGUUACACCUGGUACCAGAGACUAUUACAUGUAAUGUGUGUGUAUGAGACAGAACUGGCAUCCUUUACAUGAUGAGAAUUUAUAACAAUGUUACACCUGGUACCAGAGACUAUUACAUGUAAUGUGUGUGUGAGACAGAACUGGCAUCCUUUACAUGAUGAGAGUUUAUUAACAAUGUUACACCUGGUACCAGAGACUAUUACAUGUAAUGUGUGUGUGUGAGACAGAACUGGCAUCCUUUACAUGAUGAGAGUUUAUUAACAAUCUUACACCUGGUACCAGAGACUAUUACAUGUAAUGUGUGUGUAUGAGACAGAACUGGCAUCCUUUACAUAAUGAGAGUUUAUUAACAAUGUUACACCUGGUACCAGAGACUAUUACAUGUAAUGUGUGUGUAUGAGACAGAACUGGCAUCCUUUACAUGAUGAGAAUUUAUUAACAAUCUUACACCUGGUACCAGAGACUAUUACAUGUAAUGUGUGUGUAUGAGACAGAACUGGCAUUCUUUACAUGAAGAGAGUUUAUUAACAAUCUUACACCUGGUACCAGAGACUAUUACAUGUAAUGUGUGUGUAUGAGACAGAACUGGCAUCCUUUACAUGAUGAGAAUUUAUUAACAAUGUUACACCUGGUACCAGAGACUAUUACAUGUAAUGUGUGUAUGAGACAGAACUGGUAUCCUUUACAUGAUGAGAAUGUAUUAACAAUCUUACACCUGGUACCAGAGACUAUUACAUGUAAUGUGUGUGUAUGAGACAGAACUGGUAUCCUUUACAUGAUGAGAAUUUAUUAACCCUGUUACACCUGGUACCAGAGACUAUUACAUGUAAUGUGUGUGUAUGCGACAGAACUGGCAUCCUUUACAUGAUGAGAGUUUAUUAACAAUCUUACACCUGGUACCAGAGACUAUUACAUGUAAUGUGUGUAUGAGACAGAACUGGCAUCCUUUACAUGAUGAGAAUGUAUUAACCAUGUUACACCUGGUACCAGAGACUAUUACAUGUAAUGUGUGUGUAUGAGACAGAACUGGCAUCCUUUACAUGAUGAGAAUUUAUUAACAAUGUUACACCUGGUACCAGAGACUAUUACAUGUAAUGUGUGUGUAUGAGACAGAACUGGCAUCCUUUACAUGAUGAGAAUUUAUUAACAAUCUUACACCUGGUACCAGAGACUAUUACAUGUAAUGUGUGUGUAUGAGACAGAACUGGCAUCCUUUACAUGAUGAGAAUGUAUUAACAAUCUUACACCUGGUACCAGAGACUAUUACAUGUAAUGUGUGUGUGAGACAGAACUGGCAUCCUUUACAUAAUGAGAAUUUAUUAACAAUGUUACACCUGGUACCAGAGACUAUUACAUGUAAUGUGUGUGUAUGAGACAGAACUGGCAUCCUUUACAUGAUGAGAAUUUAUUAACAAUGUUACACCUGAUACCAGAGACUAUUACAUGUAAUGUGUGUGUAUGAGACAGAACUGGCAUCCUUUACAUGAUGAGAAUUUAUAACAAUGUUACACCUGGUACCAGAGACUAUUACAUGUAAUGUGUGUGUAUGAGACAGAACUGGCAUCCUUUACAUGAUGAGAAUUUAUAACAAUGUUACACCUGGUACCAGAGACUAUUACAUGUAAUGUGUGUGUGAGACAGAACUGGCAUCCUUUACAUGAUGAGAGUUUAUUAACAAUGUUACACCUGGUACCAGAGACUAUUACAUGUAAUGUGUGUGUAUGAGACAGAACUGGCAUCCUUUACAUGAUGAGAAUUUAUUAAGAAUGUUACACCUGGUACCAGAGACUAUUACAUGUAAUGUGUGUGUAUGAGACAGAACUGGCAUCCUUUACAUAAUGAGAAUUUAUUAACAAUCUUACACCUGGUACCAGAGACUAUUACAUGUAAUGUGUGUGUAUGAGACAGAACUGGCAUCCUUUACAUGAUGAGAAUUUAUUAACAAUGUUACACCUGGUACCAGAGACUAUUACAUGUAAUGUGUGUGUAUGAGACAGAACUGGCAUCCUUUACAUGAUGAGAAUUUAUAACAAUGUUACACCUGGUACCAGAGACUAUUACAUGUAAUGUGUGUGUGAGACAGAACUGGCAUCCUUUACAUGAUGAGAGUUUAUUAACAAUGUUACACCUGGUAUCAGAGACUAUUACAUGUAAUGUGUGUGUAUGAGACAGAACUGGCAUCCUUUACAUGAUGAGAAUUUAUUAACAAUGUUACACCUGGUACCAGAGACUAUUACAUGUAAUGUGUGUGUAUGAGACAGAACUGGAAUCCUUUACAUGAUGAGAAUUUAUUAACAAUGUUACACCUGGUACCAGAGACUAUUACAUGUAAUGUGUGUGUAUGAGACAGAACUGGCAUCCUUUACAUGAUGAGAGUUUAUUAACAAUGUUACACCUGGUAACAGAGACUAUUACAUGUAAUGUGUGUGUAUGAGACAGAACUGGCAUCCUUUACAUGAUGAGAAUGUAUUAACAAUCUUACACCUGGUACCAGAGACUAUUACAUGUAAUGUGUGUGUAUGAGACAGAACUGGCAUCCUUUAC